AAUCAAAAAAAAUUCCAGCGGUGUUACCAUAUGAGUGGUUUCAUUUUCCUUGUUAUAACUUUGCAAUAAUAUUAAUUUUCUUAAUAGUAAAAAAAGUUGGAUUAAGCUGAUACAAUACCAUGUUAACCUCAAAAUUUUCAUUUUUAAACCUUUUAUAGUAGGUCCAUAUUAGAGCUAGAAUCACCCUAGAAAGAAAAAAAAAUAUGAUUAUGAUUCUAUUGACACAACUUGAUUGGUUCCAAAUCUCAUGUUUUAAGAAAUUUUAUGUAACAUCAUGAGCUUGGUCUUUGACAUAACCUUUUUAUAUAUGUUUUUGUUCAUUCUUUCAUUGAACAUAGUCUUGUGUAUUGAAAUUGAAAUCAAGGAUUUUCAUCCACAAGAAAGAGAUGCUUUAUUACUCAUAAGGGAUUCAUUAAAUUCUUCAUCUAUAAAUUUGCAUAGAAAUUGGACAGGACCACCUUGUAUAGAAAACAACCUUAGUAUAUGGUUUGGAAUCGCUUGUUCAAAUUGGCAUGUUGUUCAUAUUACAAUUCAAGGAGUCAACCUCAGUGGCUAUUUACCUUCAACAUUUCUUCAAAACAUAACUUUCUUGAGGCAAAUUGAUUUCAGAAACAAUGCACUUUUUGGAUUAUUGCCAAAUCUUACAGGUUUGGUUUUCUUAGAAGAAGUUAAGCUUUCUUUUAAUCAUUUCUCAGGUUCAAUUCCUUUGGAAUAUGUUGAAUUGUAUAAUCUAGAUAUUUUGGAGUUGCAAGAAAAUUAUUUGGAUGGUGAAAUUCCACCUUUUGAUCAACCAUCAUUGAUAAGUUUCAAUGUGUCAUAUAAUCAUUUGGUAGGGAAAAUUCCUGAAACUUCUUUGCUUCAAAGGUUUCCAAAGAGUUCUUUUGAUGAUAAUUCUGAUCUUUGUGGAAAACCAUUGGAUAAGUCAUGUUCUGCUGAAUCUCCUGCACCACUUCCUUUUGCUAUUGCACCUACUUCUUCAAUGGAAACAAAUAAGACGAGGAUUCAUGUUUGGAUUAUUGCUUUGAUUGCUGUUGUUGCUGCUUUGUGUAUUUUUCUGAUGAUUAUUGCUUUCUUGUUUUGUAAAAGAAAAGCCAGAGGAAAUGAAGAGAGAAUAAAUGAUUCAGCAAGGUAUGUUUUUGGAGCAUGGGCAAAGAAGAUGGUAUCUAUUGUAGGAAACAGUGAGGAUUCUGAAAAAUUAGGCCAAUUAGAAUUUUCAAACAAGAAAUUUCAAGUUUUUGAUAUGGAUGAUUUGUUAAGGGCAUCAGCAGAAGUGCUAGGAGGAGGAGAUUUUGGUGUUACAUAUAAAGCAACACUUGAAACUGGUAAUGUUGUUGCAGUAAAGAGACUUGGCUACAUGAAUGACUUGAGCAAGAAGGAAUUUAUUCAACAGAUGCAAUUGCUAGGAGAGAUAAAGCAUGAAAAUGUAGCUGAAAUUAUCUCCUUUUUUCAUUCAGAAGAUCAAAAGCUUGUCAUAUAUGAACUUGUCUCUGAUGGUACUUUGUCUGAGCUUCUACAUGAGGGUAGAGGAAUUGGAAGAAUACCUCUUGAUUGGACAACAAGACUUGCCAUUAUCAAAGACAUAGCAAAAGGUCUUGAUUUCCUUCACCAAUUUUUGUCUUCUCACAAAGUUCCACAUGCAAAUCUCAAAUCAUCCAAUGUUCUAAUCCAUCAAGACAACCAAGGCUACCAUUCCAAGCUCACUGACUAUGGCUUCCUACCUUUACUCUCAUCAUCUAUGAAAAAUGCAGAAAAGCUAUCAAUAAGCAAGUCACCAGAAUUUGUUAAAAGGAAAAAGUUGACACACAAAACUGAUGUAUAUUGUUUUGGUAUCAUUAUGCUAGAGAUUAUAACAGGAAAAAUUCCUGGUCAUAUAUUAGGCAAUGAAGUUGAAGAAACAAGUAAUGAUCUUUCAGAUUGGGUUAGAACUGUGGUGAAUAAUGAUUGGUCUACAGAUAUAUUUGAUUUGGAAAUAUUAGCAGAAAAAGAUGGACAUGAUGCAAUGUUGAAUUUAACUGAGAUAGCAUUGGAGUGUACUGAUAUGAUGCCUGAGAAAAGGCCUAAAAUGAGUUUAGUGUUGAAGAGAAUUGAAGAGAUAGAGCAAAUGAUGAAAGACAAUGAGUGAAACAAAUUUUAGUGACUAUAGAAGGAUAUUGUAUUGUCUUGCAUGAAGUGCACUCUAGGAAUAUUCACAUAUAUUCAUCUGUAACACUAUUUUUUUAUGAGAAUGACACAUUAUCCAAAGCAGAUAAGGAUCAACUCCUAUUAUUACAGGAGUUAAUCCUUUUCUGCUUUGAACAUUAUUUCAGAAGAGAUAAAAAUCUCUUUGAUGUAGAGAAAUUAUUGUUUCCAUUAUUUUUUAGAUUAGUAGUUAUUGUUGUAAUUUGUUCUAAAUAGAGAAAUACACUCUUCAAAGUUGUGAGAUUGAGAAUAUGUCUUAUUAAAA